AUGAAUAUUUCAAAUAUAUUUUUGCCUCCGUUUCCACCGGACAUUUCUGUAAAUGAAUUACUAAAUACUAUGAAUCGCAAAGACAAAAAGCCUAUAGUGGCGCCUAAUGCAUUUAUGAUUUAUCGAACCAACUAUUUUCGCGAAAUUCGGAACGAUCGAGAAAUAUCUCAGUCAGAAGUUUCUUUCAUGGCGUCUCAAGCUUGGAAACAAGAACCUCAAAUCGUCAAACAAACAUACUAUGAUUUUUCCAGACAGGCUCAAGAGAUUUUUUUGGCCCAAAAUACUGUAAAUGUUGACGACAAUAUCGCAAUCAAAAAAUAUUUUAUACCUUUUGUUGAAAUUGCUGCCGGAAAAAGUUCUUUAUUGAAACGCACUACAACGGAUUCUGAGUUGUUUUUAUUAUCGCAAGGAAUCUCGUUAUCACAAGAAAUAACGAAGGAACAGAAUUCUAUUCAGGAAGCAUUCGUCAGUCAUGAAAUAUUCGAUGAAUUAAAGACAAGCAAUAUUUAUUUUGAAAUCUUAAGUGAACAACUAUCGAUCGUUUUUGAUUUUCAAGAUUUAAAGCCAACUGAAAAUUUACAUUUAGCAAUUCAAAAAGCCUUAAAAUCAAAUACACCAAUUAAAAAUUUAAAGCUUGUAUUUCAAGAGUUUGGGCAUUAUUUUCAUACAAAAUUAAUAUUUGGAAAUAAACUGCAAAGGAUUGUUCUGAAAGAAAAUACUGAAUCCUUAGAUUAUUCAAAGGAAUUUGAUGACAUUUUUGAAAUAGAAUUAGUUCAACCGUUUGAUUCCUCUUAUAUGAUAGGGAUGGACGGUUAUCCGAUUGAACUAAGCCAAAUUCGUAAAUGGCUUGAUAUUGUAUCAAAUCGAAUAUCUGAGUGGUCUAUUAUAAAGCGCAUUGUUGUACCAUUAUACAAAAUUCUCGAUAUAAGUCAACAACGUGAAAUUGAAAAUCUUUUUAUAAAUGAUAAUUUUGUUUUAAUGUUCGAAACGACACAAUUUUUGGAUUAUAGUUCUGGGUAUCAGCGAAUUGAAUACGAUAGUCAAUUGGAAAGUGAUAAUUAUCAAUUAUUUGGUAAUGUGUUGACUCGCCAUGGAGAGAAGAUUGAAAAUGUACAUGUGAAGUUUAACAUGAAAACCGAAUUUGGAUUUUCAGUGAGCUGGCAUGAUUUUCGACAGGAUCACGUUCAAGCAGAGAGAAGUGCAAGAAGACCUUAUUCUCUUCGGUGGAUGUUAAUCGGUUGCCCAAGUGAAAUCGGAUAUUUCGAUUCUAAUACUCGUGAUAUACCAGUUAAUCUUGGAGUUAAAGAAUUAAACUUUAUAUACGACUCUGAAUCUAUAAAAAUUGAUGUGGGAAAAUCACUUUUUCAAAAAAAUAUUGUCAUGCUCGAUAUCGAGUACGCUCCGUUUCCAACUUUCUUAUUCUUUAAAACGAAUAUUGUAAAAUGGCAAGAAAGUGGAUCUAUUGAAAUGCAAAUCAAAUUAAUGAAAGAGGAAGAUGAGGAGGAAGCUAUGCUGAUUGAUGAAGAGGAGAAGGAAGAUGAAGCGAAUGCUAUGUUGAUUGAUGAAGAGGAGAAGGAAGAUGAAGAGGAGAUGGAAGAUGAAGAGGAGAUGGAAGAUGAAGAGGAGAUGGAAGAUGAAGAGAAUGGUGAAGACGAGGACUUCAUUAUUACAAUUCGAUGGUCUAUAUUAAAUCUUAAAAAUGAUUCAGAAAUUGAUAUUUGGAGCCAAUUAGGAGAAGUUUUAGAAUGA